AUGAAUUUCACUUUGUGUUCGUCUUCUUCUGAGCUCAGAUAUCCUUUUGUUGAGGGGUUACCAUGCACAAACAAGAAUAUGCUAGAGUCUGAACUUUUUGUGAAAGUUGAUAAUUUCAAUAACAAGGACAAAAAUCGAGCAUCUAAUCAUGAUGCUAGAAAGCUGGUGAUGUCUAGCAAUUUGAUGCCUCAGCCUUUAAAAGGAUCCUAUGUGGGAAAGAAACACCUGCAGGAACCUGGUCAGAAGCUGGAAUUUGUGAGGACAUUGUUGAUUGACAACUAUGACAGCUACACAUACAACAUAUACCAGGAGCUGUCUGUCAUUAAUGGGUUGCCUCCUGUGGUGGUGCGAAAUGAUGAAUUGACGUGGAAAGACAUCUGCUAUUACUUGUAUGAAGAAAAUGCAUUUGAUAAUGUUGUUAUAUCACCUGGACCUGGUUCCCCAACAUGCCCAGCAGACAUAGGAAUAUGUCUUCAGGUGCUGCUUGACUGCUGGGAUAUCCCUAUUUUGGGUGUUUGUCUUGGACAUCAGGCUUUAGCUUAUGUGCACGGUGCUAAAGUUGUCCACGCAUCUGAACCAGUCCAUGGACGGUUGAGCGAAAUUGAGCACAAUGGGUGCAGACUUUUCAAUGACAUCCCUUCUGGCCACAACUCAGGAUUCAAGGUGGUGCGGUACCAUUCACUUGUUGUAGAUGUUGAAUCACUCCCAGAUGAACUCAUUCCUAUAGCAUGGACUUCCUCUGUGGAUGCACUUUCUUUUAUUGAAACCCACAAGUGUGAUGUUCCCUCAGAGUUUGCUGCUGGAUCUUUUUCAAGAAAAGUGAAAAAUGGAAGUUAUUCGCCGUUCAGCCAUUCUGGCAAACUGCAGAGCGAAAAGGUUCUCAUGGGCAUUAUGCAUUCUACCAGGCCUCAUUAUGGUUUGCAGUUCCAUCCAGAGAGUAUUGCAACCUGUCAUGGAAGGCAGAUAUUCAAGAAUUUCAGAGAGAUCACAGAGGAGUACUGGCUGAGUUCGAGGGCAUCAUUCCUCCAAGAACGGAAUUUUGAUUAUACAGCAUGCGUGCAGAUUCCCCAUGUUAGUCGACUGUUCACAGAAGUUCCUAGACAUAGGCAAUUGGUAAAUAAUGCAAAUGGUCAACUAUAUAGGAAGGCUUCAAGAAGUAACUUAUUAGAGAACAGUGAAGGUAACAGAAGUUGUUCUGGUAUGGUCGAUAUGGUUAACCUUUUGCAUCCAAGCAAUGGUGUAAAAUAUCUGAAGCUCAAAUGGAAGAGAUUUAAGAACUUGGCUGGUCAGGUUGGUGGAGCAAAAAAUAUAUUUUGUGAACUUUAUGGACAUCAUAAAGCUGAAAACACCUUUUGGUUGGACAGUUCAUCAAUAGAAAAGAGAAGAGCACGCUUUUCAUUUAUGGGAGGAAAAGGUGGAACUCUUUGGAAGCAAUUGACCUUUAAAUUGUCUGAUAGAAGUGAUAUGACUUUGAAAGGCAGAGGUUUUCUAUCUGUUGAGGAUGCUCAAGGCUCUACCAAAAGCACCAUUUUGGAAGAAGGUUUUCUUGACUUUCUGAAAAAGGAGCUCCGGUCGUUUUGUUAUGAUGAAAAGGAUUAUGAAGGACUUCCAUUUGACUUUCAUGGUGGAUAUAUUGGCUACAUGGGAUAUAGCCUUAAAGUUGAAUGUGGAGCAUUAUCUAAUCGCCACAAAUCCGGGACUCCAGAUGCUUGCUUUUUCUUUGCUGAUAAUCUUGUAGUUAUUGAUCACUCCUCCAACGAUGUUUAUGUACUGUCUAUAGACGAAGGAUGCACAAGUAAGACACCAUAUUUGGAUGAUACAGAACAGAAGCUUCUCAGCUUAAAAACUUCUGCUACUAAGGAGGGAGAGGAGCCAAAUUUACAGGCUUUAACAUCUUCGCAAUGUCAAGCAAGUUUCCUUGCUGAUAAAUCAAGGGAGGAGUAUAUAAAAGAUGUUGACAAGUGUAUGGAAUACAUUAAAGAUGAGCGGUUUCUACGGUUGGAUAGAAAUGGUAUACUGGAAGCAAAGCCCAUUAAGGGUACUGUAGCACGCGGUGCAACACUGGAGGAAGAUGAACAACACAAACUACAGCUACAAUACAGUGAAAAGGAUCAAGCUGAAAAUCUGAUGAUUGUUGAUCUUCUAAGAAAUGACCUUGGUCGUGUAUGUGAGCCUGGCUCUGUUCAUGUGCCCCAUCUUAUGGAUGUGGAAUCAUAUGCUACUGUCCAUACUAUGGUGAGCACAAUUCGUGGGAAGAAGCGGUUGGAUGUAACUGCAGUUGACUGUGUGAGAGCAGCAUUUCCAGGUGGUUCAAUGACAGGUGCACCGAAACUGAGAUCAAUGGAACUUCUUGAUUCAAUUGAAAACAGUUCACGAGGAAUUUACUCCGGCUCCAUUGGGUUCUUCUCAUACAACCAGACGUUUGAUCUGAAUAUAGUUAUUAGAACUGUUGUUAUACAUGAGGGUGAAGCUUCAAUAGGAGCAGGAGGAGCCAUUAUUGCUUUAUCAAAUCCUGAAGAUGAGUACGACGAAAUGGUUUUGAAAACACAGGCUCCAGCAAAAGCUGUCAUGGAGUUUCUGUAG